CGGCGGCGGCCGGAAGCGGAAGCGCUGCCGGGUGUCGGCGGAGGGAGCGCGGCGGUGGCGGCGGGGCUUUGGAGUGCCCGCGGGUCAUGGGGAGGUACGGGGGGCUCGAGGGGGCUGCGCGGAGCACCUGGGGAUUCCACACCGCCUGCUGUAAAUCCGGGAGGGAGCACAAGAGUGGGCGCCGUGUCGGUUCCGGUGGCGGUCGGUGACCUUCGCUCUGCCCCGCGACUCCCGGCGGGGACGUUCUGCACUGGGAGGGGGAUUCGUUCCUAUCCUGGCGGUCUCCGUGCGGCUGUUGAUUGGAUUGGAUCCCCACAACCUCAAGAAUAAGCAGGACCUAGACAAGCUUUAUGAUCUAAAAGCUAAAGCCCAACAGAUUAUGAACCAGUUUGGCCCUUCUACCUUGAUCAACCUCUCCAACUUCUCCUCAAUCAAGCCAGAACCAGCCAGCACGCCCCCCCAGAGUUCCAUGGCCAACAGCACUACUGUGGCAAAGAUGCCAGGAACACCCAGUGGAGGAGGGCGACUCAGUCCUGAAAGCAACCAGGUUUUAACCAAGAAGAAAUUGCAGGACCUGGUGCGUGAGGUGGAUCCAAACGAGCAGCUGGAUGAAGAUGUGGAAGAAAUGCUGCUACAGAUUGCUGAUGACUUCAUUGAGAGUGUGGUGACAGCUGCCUGUCAGCUAGCGCGGCACCGCAAGUCCAACACCCUGGAAGUGAAAGAUGUCCAGUUGCACCUCGAGCGCCAGUGGAACAUGUGGAUCCCGGGCUUUGGUUCUGAAGAAAUCAGGCCCUACAAAAAAGCCUGCACUACAGAAGCUCACAAACAGAGAAUGGCACUGAUCCGCAAAACUACCAAGAAAUAGCCCCUGGGCAGAGCCGGAGACACCACCAGUGCAGUUUGGGAUACCUGCGUCUCCACUGAAGCCUCUACCAUGUCACCUGUGGGAUAUUUUUGUAAUGCUUUACAGAAAAGCAUCUAUUUUUUAUUGAUGGUGCAGCAAUACCUUGACUUGAUGAGGAGACCUGCCAAAAACAUUCUACGCCCUGUUCCUCAUUUCUCCUCAGAGUGCAACAUAUCUUAAACAAAGACUUUUAUUUGUGACUUGAAAGUGGUUUAUUGUACAAGUGAUUAUCCAAGGGACAGAGCAUUUGAUCGUGUGUGGGACAGUUUAGAAGCAUCUGUAGAGGUUUUUGUUUCCUCCUUCCUGCCCCUACCUACUCCAGUACUUUGUAAUGUCAGUGUUUAUAUGAAUACUUGCAUUUGUUUUACAUGAAUAAAGAAAUUAUUCUAA